CAUUGACCGCUGUGGAAGAAGCUCCCCACACCUUCCAUCUGCAGCGACACUGCACGUGGCCUGUCCCUCCAUUCCCAGAAAUUCAUCGCGAAACGCCUCAUCUCCAUCGCCAUCAACGAGGAUUGAGUUCGGCCUCAUCGAUUUCGUGAUUCCAGAAUCUCUUCUUCUUCAUAAUCUUCUCCUCAGAUGUAUUUUACAUUGAUCCGAUAAACCUUCAGUUCCAGUUUCUGAGCUCUGUUCUUGCCAACAUUCGAAAAUGGAGAUUUCCGCCAUCAAUUCUCCGAGGAUGAGAUUGGACCAUUUGAGAAAAGAGGGAUCGCAUCAGCGAGCGUUCGAAUUGGAGCCGUACGAUCAAACCAACGGCUCCGAUCACUCGUUCCGUUCGAUGAACGCGUUGGAGAUUUUGCGCGAGACCGUGCGGAUUCUGCGCUACAAUUCGUCGGGUUUAAUGGCGAUAGCCGCCCUGCUCAUUUGCCCCGUCUCCGCAGUCGUUUUGUCGAACGGCCUCGUCGAUCAAUCGCUCGUGAGGAGACUCACCAUUAGGAUGUUGCUAAUCGCCAAAUCGAGUGGACUCCCAUUGAGGCCUUUCGUCAAACAGUCGUGUCAUCGUUUCGCGGAGAUGGCGAUUUCAUCGGUCAUGUGCUUCCCGUUGUACGUAUCUCUCUCUUUGCUGUCGAAAGCAGCGGUGGUUUACGCCGUGGACUGUAGCUAUUCGAGGAAGCAAUUCGAUUCGUCCAAGUUUUUCGCAAUCAUUCGCAAGAUUUGGAAGCGGCUUGUUUCUACUUACAUUUGGGUGUGUAUGGUGAUUGUCGGAUGCAUCACAUUAUUCUUCGUUAUCCUCGCCGCUGUCUGCAACGUUUUGUCGAUAAUUUGGGCCCCGCCGGAUGUGGUGGUCUACGCCGCAGUGGCGGUUGGCCUCGUUUUCUCUGUCGUUUUCGCCAAUGCCGUCAUAGUUUGCAGCAUUGCAGUGGUAAUUUCAGUCCUUGAGGAUGUGUCGGGACCGGAGGCAUUGUUCCGGUCCGGGGUCUUGAUCAAGGGGCAGACGCAUGUGGGGCUGCUGAUAUUUUUGGGAUCGGCGAUCGGGAUGGCUUUCGUUGAGGGGUUGUUUGAGCACAGAGUGAAGACGCUGAGCUACGGAGACGGGUCUUCGCGGAUGUGGGAAGGGCCUCUCUUGGUUCUCAUGAACUCGUUUGUGGUGCUUAUUGAUUCCAUGAUGAGUGCUGUUUUCUAUUAUAGCUGUAGAUGUUCGAGUUUGGAGAGUUCGAAUGGUGAAGAAAGUCGACCGAUUUUGGAGACAGUCAUUGUUUUCGAUGAAUCCACAGGCAUUCAAUGACACCCGAAUUAUGAUUUGUAAAUUUGUUUUGUCAUUAAAAAGGGAGAGAGGAUUUCAAUUCAAUGCCAGUGGGGUUCAGACGUUCAGUAAUGAAAUGAAACAGAGCAGUGGAAGUAGUACAUUGGCAGAUCUCCAAGUAGAAGAUUUUGUGGAAUACUAAAAAGCUUAGAUGCUUCAUUGGCGUGUGUAUUGGUUCUUACGCAGAUACAAGGAAUUGAAGAACAGGUAUGUGAAACGUUUAUUGUAAUGUCAAUAUAGAGGUGGGAAAGUGGUUCUUUCCCUUUUAGGAAAAACAUGGAACUAAUAGUUCUAAUUGGAUUCUUUCUUGUACACCCCAAAUCCAAGUUCAAAGAAAAAUGAUAAAUGCAAUUACUUUUCCUCGUACCAACUUUAUUUGUUUAGCUUCUGCCUUGGCAUUAUUCUUGUUGGACCAAAAGACGCUGUUUUGUGUUGGUAAAUUUGCCAGGUCUU